AUGGAUCUUUUGAAAGAAUUUGGCUGCAUAGAUUGUCCUCUUAUGACUUCUCCUCUGGGCUCAUCUAUGAGGUUAAAAGCUGAUGAAGGAGCCCUAUUAACAGAUCCUUCCCAAUACAGGAAGUUGAUUGGAAAGCUCAACUUCCUCACUUAUACUAGGCUAGACAUCGCUUAUAGUGUACAUCAUCUUAGUCAGUUCAUGCAAAGUCCCAGGGAGCCUCAUUUAAAGGUUGCAUAUCAUGUCCUAAGGUACUUGAGAGGUGAUCCAACCUUGGGAAUUUUCCUUACCAAUGAUGCAGAUUACAGAGUGAAAGCCUUUUGUGAUUCAGAUUGGGCUACUUGUCCCAAAUCCAGAAAAUCAGUCAGUGGCUACAUAGUGUUGCUUGGGAACAGCCCCAUCAGUUGGAAAUCUAAGAAGGAGUCCACCAUUUCCUUAUCCUCUGCAGAAGCUGAGUACAGAUCAGCUAAGAUCGUUGUGGGAGAACUUGUCUGGCUGGCCAGGCUUCUUGCUAAACUCACUGUUCCUCUAUCCUUACCCAUUCCCAUAUUCUGCGACAGUCAAGCUGCCCUACACAUAACAAGGAAUCCUGUGUUCCACGAGCGUACAAAACAUAUUGAAGUGGACUGCCACUUUGUGUGA